GAAAAAGUCUGUGCUUGGCCAUGAUUUAUGGUACGGCUAAAUUAUCAUCACUCUUGUGUAAACGUCCGAUCAGACGAUAAAGGCUCUUUCACCACAUCGUAUCACACAGUCUGCUACCUCUCUGUGCGUAAAGCUGGGUUGCUCCUCACAUUGUCUGGGACGCCACCGGAGCUCCCUCGGGGACCCCUACAGGUCCCUGGACCCCAAGGCACCGGGCAAGGUGUUUUUUUUUUUUUUUUUCAUUAUUUUUUAAGGAAACUAGCUGAGAUUUUCAUUAUCAGAUACAUGACAUUCAAAUUAAUACUACCAUUUAACAUCGCCAUUCGCGCAAAAUGUAAAUUAAAAUCCCAAAUUGAACUUUUUCGAGUUUUCCGCUCACCACCCCCCCUUUCAGCGAACAAUGGUAUGCUCCCUCCUUCCAGUGGUCUCCAUCGUGCUGCCGCUGUGUUUAGUCUCUCCCUCCAGACUGGAAGCGUUUGGGCUGGAAAUACGCAUGUAAUUCACGGCACGCCUGAGCGACGGGGAGCGUUGUCUGUCUCGGAACCAGUUGCUCGAGUAAGUCAUUUGCCGAUUCUAUAACGGACUUGUGUUGCCGGAGCUGGGAAGAAAAUAAAAGAUAAAUACCACGUAGCUUGUACAUAGAAGCCCGAGGUUUGGGAAACAAACGAAGAGGAGUGCGUAGAAGUUUGCGGGCGUCGUUCACAUCACCACUAUCCUCAAGGAAAUGUAGACGUAAUCCCGAACGAGGGCGAGGAUUUUUUUUGGGGGUGGGGGGGGGAAGUUUUAUGGAGUCUGAGCUGGAAGUGGGAGCAGUUUUCCAAAGGAUAGGGGCGGGAAACAUUGUUGAAAAACUUUCCCUUGUUCUCGGUGGAAGAACGAGGCGGUGACGGACGGACAGGGGUGGAUUGUUGUAAAGUCAUCUUUACGCACGGUCUGCGCCGGAAGAUUUGCACAACCCCGACAUGCGCCUGUUGAGCACGUCGUGCGGAUGUGACCGGGGAGAAAUCCGAGGGAGAGGAGGACGCACGUCUCGGAUGAUGCGUUUGCUGUUCCUCCUCGCGGUCGCGCUGGCCUGCCACGGCUGUCCGGACAAAUGCUUCUGCGACUCACAAACUGUGAAAUGCCUAAACCAGGACUUGGACGAGGUUCCGCAGUCCAUACCGGCCAACACCACAGUCUUGUUUGUCACAGGAAACAACAUUUCCCGUAUUAGUGUGGAUUCUUUCCCAACCCGCCUGGAACAGUUAACAGAUCUCUAUCUCAGCGGGAACGAGCUGGAGUCUGUGGAUGCAAAGGUAUUUGACAACUUGCCAAACCUUGUGCGGCUGGACUUGAGCAGCAACAAAUUCCAGACUUUCAGUGAAGAGGCUUUCCCCCAUGAUUACCCGCUGCAGAUCCUGAACCUCAGUCGGUCUUUUCACAAUCAUUCCAUCGUGGACGUGGUCUUGAGCUUCCUGCAGAAGGGAAACCUGCGCCGGCUCAAAGUCCUCGACCUGUCCAACAACGACCUUGUGGUUCUUCCGGAUGACGUACUCGCCGGCCUCCCCAGCCUGCUCAACCUCAGCCUGCAGAACAGCUCCAUCAUCUCCAUCGAGAACGGGACGCUGAAGGUGCCGCUGCUGCGUGACCUUGACCUGAGGGACAACAGCCUGAAGGACCUGCCCCCCGCCACCCUGGCAGAGUUCAGCCUCAAGCCUGCCCUCCGGAUCCAGCUGGCGGGGAACCCCUGGCGCUGCGACUGCUUCAUCGAGGACAUGCUGCCGUGGCUGAAAAACUCCACUCAGGUCGUCGACGUGCAGAACCUGACCUGCUCAGAGCCCGAGGGCCUGAGACGCCAGCCGCUCAUACAGGUCGAGCGGUCGCAGCUGAAGUGUGCCAGCGGCCUGGAGAGCGUUCUGGAGACAUCUUACGUGUUCCUGGGGCUGGUGCUGGCGCUGAUCGGCGUCAUUUUCCUGCUGGUGCUCUAUCUGAACAGAAAAGGCAUCAAGCGUUGGAUGUACAACAUCCGGGACGCUUGUAGGGACCACAUGGAGGGGUACCACUACAGGUACGAGAUUAACUCGGACCCCCGUUUGGCCAACCUGAGCAUCAAUUCAGAUGUGUGAGAGAGGACGGGACACUGUCUGAGACCCCGCAGUGAGAUAUUAAAUGACUUAUACUGUUAAGAUUUGCAUGAAAGUCUUCCUCUCCCCCCACCCCCCCAUUCAGAGUUGACAUCUGUCCUGGCUCCUAAUUAACCCCCCUCACAACCUCCAUUCAGCCACUGCUGCAUGUCCUAUACCUGGCAGCUGUGAUGUCAAUUUCUUCCGUGUAACAUUGCAUGGACAAUGAAUCAUGGUGAAGAUUUUUUAUUUUAUUUUUUUUUUUCGGAGAGUUGCAAAGAGUGAUAUGUUCCAUUUUUUUUUUCUCUAAAGGAUAAACGGAUGGAGUACAUUGACUUUUAGGUGAAAGAAUACAUACUGCUGGUCAUUGCAUCCUUCUCAUUAUGCCUCUGCUGCAGAGAAAUGCCGUAAUGCUUGUUUAUGAGUUUGUUCUUUUUAUUUUAAUAUGUGAAUUUGUGAUUAUACAGUAUGCCCCUUUUUUAUUAAUCAUUAUAGUGCACAUUACGUAGUUUUUGGAUUUAGUAGGUGGAUGUGAUUGCUCUUUUCUUUCUCUGUGACGAUAUUCAGCUGAAUAAAAACGCCUCUGGAUUGCUGGUA